GAGAAGAACGAAUGGCUGAUGGAUGCGGACGCGUCAACAGCUCGUCUGAAAAACAGAAAGGAGAAAAAGAUUUAUUUAAAAUUGUUGGGAUGUCGUUGAUGUUGUCGGAGAUCUUGCUUCUUGCGUGUUUCGUUUUGUCCGACGCGCGAAAUCCGAUCACCACUUACUCCAAGACCACGGUGCAACACACGAAGACGUCCAAGUCAGUGGACACACCGUACUCGAUGUUGACGACUAUCGAUCAAAAUCAUCAGACGCCGCGAUACGAAUCGAAGUACAACCGUAACGUCGAUCAUAGUCACAGCGAGCAGAACGGUCAGAGACAAGAUGAAGAAGAAGAAGACGAAGAAGAGGAGAAGGCGAAGCCGCGGCAACAUCCGUACACCGAAUACACCUGGGAGAUCAAUCAAAUAAAUCCGUGGUUGUCGGCUUGCGAUCUCGCGGGACCAGAUCCCCCGGAUCUUCGAGGCGAAUGUCGCCCGUCGCAGAUGUUCGACUACGUCCAGUGGUGUCCAAUGUCGUGCCCAAAACUGGACGAGAACAUCGCGGAUUUUACUUCCAGUAAAACUUCCGGCAAUAAGGAGAAGAAGCAAAGGAAGUGUCUCUCUUAUCUGGAUGAGUCGUAUAAAAAGAAAAUUUGCAGGGACGACGACACCAGGGAAAAGAGAUACAAUUCCACAAGCAAGCUGCGUCUACGGCACUGUUGCCACCAUUCGGUGGUUAGUGCCUUGGCGCCGGGCAAAGACGGUCCACUCGAGGACGUACUGAAGGGCGGACUUAAAUGCGAAGCCGUUCUGGACAAACUGAUGGCCGUUGAUGAUAUGACGGCACGAAUAAUUUGCGAAUUUGAGGAAGUGAUAGGCCGGUUCGAUUGUCGCCAAACAUACUCUGUGGUGCACAACUGCUCGCACUGUCUGGACUCGUACAGAAAAUGGAUUUGCAGUGUCAUGGUACCUUAUUUUGCCCACGACCCAAAAGACGCGACUACUCUGACUGUUAAUUGGACCAGAAUCAGACCUUGCCGAUCAGUGUGUUACAAAGUGGAGCAAACCUGUCCUUACUUGGUGCCUACUGAUCGUGCUCCAGCACUUUCUACGCAAUACGCGGGCGAAGGCACUUUCCUUUGCCAAGACCCAGAUAUACCUGAGGCUGGCGAGCAAGCCGUGAAGUCCCUGCACAGUAACAAAGGCGAAUGCUGUUAUAGAUUGCAUGACAUUUUCGAUACAGGAAUACGCGCUAAUUGUUCAGAGCCGUGGAAAAACGGCAGAGUCAACGAUCCGCCCACAGCGCCCCAUUGCACAAUUGCCAUAAGUUCGAGCUUACAGGUGAGCGGUAUCCAGGAACCGUUUUGCGGACAGGGUCGCGUUGGUGUAGUUUUAAAAAAGAACGUAACAUUCUCAUCCAGCCCGAGUUUGCUGACUGUUCAACGAUUCGUCUGGAUUUGGAUCUUGUUCUCCGUCCCAGCAAACGUUCUAUGGGACUAUUAAUUUUCUCACAAAAACCAUGUGUAUAUAAGAUAUAGAGAAUGUGUUUAUAAUAUACAUAAAGUUAUUUGUUAUAAAAAUUGUUGUCAAAGAAUUAAGAAAAAUUAUGUCAAAGUUAAGUGUGGCUGUUGAAAAGUAAGUGUAAUAGCUAAAACGUGCCAAGAUCACGUUUCAUUAAACAAUUUGCUUUAAUUUUGACUAUUUUUCUCGCAAGCGUUUGUUUUGUUUUUUGUUUACAACCAGUGUAUGAUGUCAAUAAUAGGACACACCUCACGGCAAGAUGUUUAUUGCCUAAAAUUGGUUUCAAGUUGUCGCAAUAUUGAUGCAGAGCAAAUUGUUAACCACAUUACACGUAAAAAUAUUCUACACAUUUUGUUUAACGAUUACUCCAAAUGUUUAAAUUGAUUAUUAAAUUAUUGAAUUUUCUUUCUUGCCGUGACUGUUUAAGCACUGACUUUGUUUCUCUCUAGAAUAUUUCUGUUAAAUCAAUUAUUGAAUGGUUAGUUCAAACAAUUGCACAGAAUAUUCAAUCUUCUCGUCAUUAAAAUGUUGUCUUGAUGAAAAACAAUGUUUAUUGACACGGGUAUAGUUUGUCAAUUAAUCAACUGUGAGAGAAAGUUAGAAGUUUACUCGGUAAUAAAAGAAAAAACUUGUGAUGUAUGAUGAUGUAAUACACCGAAAAUUUUGUAAUAGAAAAUUGACGAAUAGACAAUUUAUGUGACGGAAAAGUGACUACACGUAUAUACACCCCCAAAUAUACACCCGUAUUUUUUUUUUUAACUAUUAUUAAAAAUCUUGCGAUGUUUUUCAGUGGUAAAACUGUUGAAGUUUUAAUUUCGGAUUUAAAUUAGACGAUGAAAGGGGGGAUCUCAUGGAAACGGUGAAAGGAAGAGCGAUAAAAAAAAACAAAGCAAAAAUACAACGGAGAGAUAGAUAGAGAGAAAGAGAGAGAGAGAGAAGUUCAGUACGCGGAGAACGAUGAAGUCCCGUGAAACACUUUCUCAGCGGCCACGGCGACUGCAACGUGACUUGCCGUACCACGUGACUCGCGCGUCCAAUUGGGUCGACCGCGGAUCGACGGUCACGUUGCAGUCGGUAUGGCUCGACCAUCCCGCAUGUCUCUGCACGCUACCCCCCUCGUCUUCGGUAUCCCGCGAUUAAUGCGUUUGCAUAUGCGAGUGACUGCUAGAACGGUGCGGUGUGGUUUUUUUCUCGUGCUACCGUGGAGUAAGAUAAAGUAAAAAAAAAAAAAAAAAAAAAAAAAAAAA